GAAAGAUAGUCAAUGAAAAAAACGGUGAAUGAACGGUUUGAAGUUUGAAAUUGUUUGAAUUUAAUUUGCAUCAAAGUUCGUUUGUUAUCCAGAAAUAAAACUUUGGAUUAAAAUGAGUGAUGAAAUAAAGCUUUAACUGUGAUUUUAUCAAGUGAUCACCAAUACAUCUCUCUUACAAAAUGUCUAAUCUGUUUUUCCAAAUUGAAAAUACUCCUGAGCACAUACGAAGGGCACGUCGUACUCAAAAUGUUGUGAAAGAGGCUCCCAAAGAAGAAUGCCCCCGCCUUAUAUUGGCGCCGUUUUCCAGGCCUCCGCAAGUAGUAUUCGACAAUGUCCUCAUUGGAUCAUCUUGCGAGAGGAACUUGGAGGUGUUCAACCCCUCCAAGCAAGUACAACAGAUAACAUUGGGAAAAGCACUGCCCCCAGGGUUAGUAAUCCAUUUGCCGGGUGAAUGGCUGGUCGUAGAACCCGAGACAUGCUACUGUUUGACCAUGAUGUGGACGCCAACACAACCAACUGGUAUCCGGGAGACUAUCCGCUUUACUAAUGAAAGCAGGGGUCGCUAUGAUGUCAUUGUGGUGCUCAAGUCUGUUGUGAAUAUAAAAGGGAAAGGUGUCCAGCCUAAAGGCUUCAAAAUAUCUCCAGGUAAAAUAAAGAAAAAGCCUACAAAAAAAUCUCCUGUCACUAUGUACAAGAAAAAAUCUGAAAUCAUCUACAAUACAACACAAAUUAAAAAGACUUAUAAUGUCAUACAGUCACAACAAAAGUAUGCUCAAGUCUAUGAUAAGGAAAACAUGUCCAUUAAUGACUAUUCUACUUACUCUCGCCCAGAUAAAUGCCCAUUUGACUCUCCAACUAGUGUGGAUUUUAACUUUGACACCUCUGAGAUUUUUUCAAAUAUGCGCAAGCCUGACAUCUUACAACAAACAUAUGAAAAAUCUUACACAAGUAACGAUAGAUUCAAUGUCCCUCAAAAUGUUCUAAAGCCCUCUAAUAAACAAACAUUUGAUGUCUCUGGCACAGAAAUGUUUGACAAUCUAACUUUUACCCCAUUGAAAGCAUUGCCUCCUAAACUUGAUAAGGGACCUCAAAUAAUACUCAGUAUGAACUCUGAAAGUGAGUUAGAUGAUAGCCUCGAAAGUAAUACCUAUAACAAAGAAAACCAGACGCAUUCCAUAAUUAGUGUAACAUCAUCCCAGCCACCAAAUAAGUGGCUGACAGUUAACCACCACACACAAGUUGAAAGCCACAUGGAAACGCCCAAUAUACCCAACAAGAAGCAACCCAACACUUCGUCGCCUAAAGAAUUCAACAGUCCCAACUUCAGCAUCAACACAGAAUUCUCACGCAUCAGCGAUCUUUCAUUCUUCCCGCAAAGGUUUUCCACUGAAAGAAAAACUUUCCCGAAAUUAAACAAUGACACGCAUGAAAUAUUUGACGAACACUUUAAAUUAAGUUCCGAUACUUAUACCAAGGAGUCGCCGAAUACACCUAUGGAGCCCAAUUUCAAUCAAAUUUAUGAGAUGAAGCCACCUCACUUCUUUCUUAAAGACCAACCGAAGAUGUGUAGACAGGCUCUCUUCAGAGAGUACCAGCACCAAAAAGAAAGUUAUGACCAGCGAAAUUUCUUAAAUGCCUACGAGCAUAAUGUAUGGCAAAAUGACCUGCGUGUAGAUACGCGUUCUCCUCCAAGAUCUAUUACGCCGCCUCUGCAGUCAAUUCCUGAAGAGAGUGUACAGUUAUCAGACACUCAGGUUUUCGACCGAACAGAUAAGCAAAUGUCUACUUUCACCAUAAAUCGCACUUUUGACAAAGCUAACGAUAGAUUUUCUACUGCACCUUCAACAAGUCAAAGACAGUCGUGGUCUAAAAAAGCCGUUAGAGCUGAACCGGAUCUUUGGAAAAUACCUGUUUCUCAUGUAAAGAAAGCCGUUAAGAAUAGGCCAUCAGUUAAGGGAAGGGAUUCGGUUUGCAGUAAAGUAUCCAACACGACGUUUGAGACUAGCAAAAGUACUGUACAAAACAUGUCUGUUAGUCAGUUUGAUAAUGUGUAUUCACAAUCAGCGACUGUCGAUCCAUUUUUAUCGUCCACAUAUUUUUACGAUGAAGAAGCCGUGGAAAAGUUUGAGAAGGAGUUUAAGAGGUGGUUGAACUGCAUUUUGACACCACCUGCUGAUCUCGAAAGUAACGUUGAACAGAAAAUAGAUGUGGGCAAGGUGUGGAUUGACAACAGGAAUAAAGAGGUUCCGGCGGCGCCUACCAAGGAACAAGUAUCGAGUGCUUACCACAACAGUCACCGACUGGAGAGUCUCCGCAGAUCUGCAAGAGCUUUACUAAUGAGCCCUGAAAUCGCUAUAGUGUUUCAGAAGUUGACUGCUCAAAUUGAUAAAAAACUCAUCGCUAUAAGAACUGACAGAAAUCUCCACUUGGACGUCGGUCUACAAAAGAUUAUCAUGGAGUUGUUGUUGUCAUACAACCCGUUGUGGCUUCGUAUCGGACUGGAAGCUAUAUAUGGCCUGGUUCUGCCCUUGCAUUCCAACAGCGAUAUCGAGGGGCUCACUACGUUCAUAAUUCAGAGAAUGUUCAAAAAUCCUUUCCUCAAAAAUAAACACUCAAAAUCUAACGCCCCGAAUAUGUUGCUUCCUGCUUAUAUGGAAGCGAUCAAGAAAUUCACUCUCAAGAAGUUUUUCAUGCUCGUUUUCUUCUUAGAUCAAGCAAAGCAGAGAAAACUCAUAUCACAUGACCCGUGCCUUUUCUGCAGGAAUGCAGUGUGUAAAGAAAGCAGGGAAGUUAUCAUAAGAUUCACUAGGGAACUUAUUGCUGGAAUAGGCGAUAUCACAAAACAUCUUAGGCCGCUCGGAUAUGUCGUGAGCCACAAACAAUCCUAUUUAGAUGAAUACAAGUACGCAGUGCACAAUAUAGCUUUGGACAUUAGGGAUGGUGUCCGACUGACGAAAGUUAUGGAGAUAAUAUUAAUGAAAGAUGGCUUGUUGAAUCAACUCCGGACACCCGCUAUAUCUCGCCUGCAAAAGAUCCAUAACGUACAAGUUGCACUGAACGCUUUGAAAGAAGCUAACUACGUGAUCGUUGGUGAAAUCACUUCCAACGACAUUGCUGAUGGUCACAGGGAAAAGACGCUGUCUCUUCUAUGGCAAAUCAUUCACGUGUUCCGCGCUCCGUUGUUCGAGAAAGCCGCUAAUGUUAUACAGACUUGGUGGAGGAAGAAAUACGAAGUCAUUGUUGAGAAAAAGAGGGAAGCUGAGAGGAUACUUCAGAAACAAGUUAACGCUGCGAGUGUGAUCCAAUGUUGGUGGCGCCGUAUUCAAUACAACCGCCUUGUUGAGUGGAAGAUGCAACAAAUAACAACUGCUACUACUAUUAUACAGAAGUAUUGUAGAAUGUGGAUUGAACGAAGUCGCCUUCUGAGAUGGAAAAGGAGUGUUCUAAAGAUCGAAGAGUGGUAUAAAUCUGUGAUCAUGAUGAGGGAAGCUAAAGCUACUCUCGAGAAAUUAAGAGCAGAAAGGAACGAGUUGAGACGUAAAGCGGCUAUUCACCUACAAUGCCAAGUUAGAAGGUGGUUGUGCGUCAGACAGUACACGAUACAAUUAAAGAGGAUUGUAACGAUACAGAGUUUAGUGAGGCGUUUCCUCGUAAGAAAAGAGUACACCCGACUCAAACAAGCAGUCAUCUGCAUCCAACAGAGAUAUAGGAACAAAUUGUUGAUGAGAAAGGAAAUGCAAGAUUUCGCUACUAAGCGUAGAAGCGCUGUAAUAAUUCAAAGCUAUUAUCGCAUGCUUCAACAACGAAGAUAUUUCUUAAAACUAAAGGUAGCCGUUAAAACUGUCGAAGACCGUUACAGGGCCUUGAUUCAAAUGAGGAAAGAUCGUAGUGAAUAUGAGACUCUUAGGAGCAGUGCUAUUAAAAUACAGGCACUUUAUAGACGUAAUAAAUGCAGAACUGAGUACUUAAGACAGAAAAAUCUAAUCAUGUCGCUCCAGAGAAGGGUAAGAGCUCAUCAAUUAAUGAAACAAGAGAAAGAAAGUUUCUUACAAGUCAAGAAUGCCACCAUUGUUCUACAGAAGUAUAUUAAAUCAUAUAUUCUCAUGAAGAAGUCAAGACAAGACUAUGUAAAGCUUCGCAAUUCAACUAUUCUAAUUCAACAAUAUUACCGAACAUAUGUAUUAGCUAAGAUUCAAAGAGACGCCUAUUUGAAGAUGCGAAAUGCUGCAAUCAUUUUGCAAAAGACCUAUAGAAACUUGGUACUGAUGCGCAAAGAGAGAUCCGAGUAUCAAGAACUUAAGAAAUCUGCGAUUGUGAUCCAACGAAGGUACAGAGCUCAAAAAUUAAUGCAGAAACACCGAGAAGAAUAUACGAAGAUCUUACAAGCCACAUUAGUCUUUCAACGUAGGUACAAUGCCCUUAUGAAAAUGCGUUUACAUAGAGCUGAAUAUCUGAAAAUUAAAUCAUCUUGUACCGUUAUUCAAAACGCCUAUCGAGCCUUUGUGUUAGGCAGACAGCAAAGAUCAGAAUUCCUAAAGCAAAAACAAGCCGCUUUAAAAAUCCAAAAUUGGUUCAGAAGUUGCAAGAAGGGCAAAGAGGUGCAACAACAAUAUCAGCAGUCUAAACAAGCUUGUGUAGUUAUACAAAAAAUCUACAGAGCUUAUAUUAUUGGUAAGAAACAGAGACAAGAGUACGUGCGCAUUAGAACGGCUACCAUUCGCAUUCAGAAGUAUUUCAGAUCGUAUAUUGAAAUGAAAAUUGUAAGACAGCAGUUCAUUACACUGAAAACUUCCACAGUCACCAUUCAGAGAUAUUAUAGAUCUCAUUUAGAAACCAAGAAACAAAGAGCAACAUACCUACAAAUGAAGAAAGCAGCCGUGGCGAUCGCUGAUCAUUAUAAACGUUAUAAAGAAACUGAGAAGAUCAGACAAGAGUAUUUACGUCUUCGGGAAGCAGUAUCUUCUGUACAGAGGAGAUAUAGAGCUAUUUGUGCCAUGAGAACAGAAAGGGAACAAUACUUGAGGGUAAAAAAAUUAGUAGUUCUAUUGCAACAAAAGUACAAAGCUAAAUUAGCAAUGAGGAGAGAACGAAAGGCAUUCUUAAUGUGGCGAAAUGCAACUCUGAACAUUCAGAGUAGAUUUAGGGCUCAAAGAUUAAUGAAACUGGAAAGAACACGCUACACUACGCUACUAAAACAAUGCAUCACAAUUCAGAGGUUUUAUAGAGCGUAUUUAGAAGGCAAGAAACAAAGACAAGCUUACCUUACUUCGAAACGAUCGGCUGUUGUUUUACAAACUAGGUUCAGAGCUCUGCAGGCUAUGAGAAAGGAAAGAAAAUCAUAUUUAGAAGUUAAAUCUGCAGCUAUCACCAUUCAAAGAAAAUAUAGAGCACAAUGUUUGAUGUUAAAAGAAAGGAAAAACUACAUAAAUGUGGUCAAUGCUUGUAUAACCAUCCAAAGAAGAUUCAGGGCGCACGUAUGUGGCAAACUUCAGAGAACAGAAUACAAUAGAAUCAAAUCGGCAGUAAUCUUAAUCCAACAACGGUUCAGGCUUAUUCGAGAAACAAGAAGAAUUCAAAAUGAAUAUAAGAAGUUGCGAGAGGCAGUUUUAUUAGUACAAAAUAGGUAUCGAGCAAAUAAAACCGCACGCAUUAUUCGAGAGAAUGAAGCGGCAAAAAAGAUACAGAACUGGUACAUUGCAUCGAAGAAACGCGUCGUUUGUCGCCAUGAAUUUUUGAAACUGAAAGAAAGUGCAAUUCUAACUCAGUCCGUUGUCAGAAUGUUGAUAGCACGUAAGAGGUUUAUUGCAAUCCGAGAAGCUACACUUUGCAUUCAGAGAUUCUAUCGGUCAUACAAGUUAACGGUAACUGAGAAACAAAGAUAUAUUAAUACAAGGAUUUCCAUAAUCAAAUGCCAAAGCUACGUGAGGACCUUUAUUGAAAGAAGGCGCUUCUUCAGAUUGCGUUCUGCUGCGAUGACAUUACAAGCAGCGUAUAGGCUCAAAAAACAAAGAGAAACAUUUAAGUCCAAACGAAUUGCAGCAGCGGUUUGUCUACAGAAACAUGUAAGGCGUUAUCUUGUAAGGUCUUGGUACGUAAGGUAUAUGGACCGAGUUAGAUUUAUUCAAAGAAUAUGGAGAGGAAAAUUACUAACAAGACUGAUCCAUUGCGAGUUUGUACAGAAAAGAAGGAUUAUAGUCAAGUUCCAGGCUAUCGUUAGAGGGUAUUUAGUGAGAAAACAAAUCCAGUUGAAACGAGAACACAUUCAAAAGACGAGGGAAGAGCAGAGGAUUUACUGGGCUGCUUCGAAAAUUCAGGCGCUGUUCCGCGGUCACUUAGCAAGAGUAAAUAUUGCUCACAACAAGCGAGUCUCGGCAAUCAGGCGCAGAUGGCGAGAUGGAGGCCUGAAGUCUACCCAGGAGACUAUGAAGGAACGUAAUGAAGAAGCUAUGGAGGUCCUGCGUAAUAUCAGCUGUAUCGAGACUGUUAUUAAGGCCUUCAGAUCACUUGAAUUACUAACAGAAGUAUUCCCGAUGAUGUACAACGACAAUGCGUCGGCCAUUGUCCAUCGUGUGUACACAUACAUGUCGGUAACAAACAGAUCCAUUUCUAGCAUAGAAGUGCUCACGUCUGCCUCUGCCAUACUUGUCAACCUGACUCGGUAUCGAGUCACAGGACCGAAGAUAUACUUGAGGGAUCGCAUACCGCCAAUCCUGAAAUUCAUGUGGAGAUUCAGCAAAACUGAAACACAGAUGUUCUGUAUCAUGGCUACAUAUUUGUGGUUGUUUGCGAAGUAUGAAAACGUUAAAAAGGACUUAACAGAGCUCCUGAACCAGCCCGAAAACCAUCGAAUGCUAGUAUCAAUAAAGGGUAACGUCGACAGAAACAAACGAAUGACGACCAACAGUAUGAAAAACAAAUUCAGUACCCCACAGCCAUCGAGAUUUAUCUCCCAUACAAGCAACCAAUCGUUAAACAUGAGCCUUUGUGCAGGCCAAGUUACUGUGUUGCCAGCCUUAGAACCCGACUACGGUAUUGCCAGGGUUGAUAAACCACGUUACUUCGAAGACGCUCAACAAGCCAUCAGUUGCCUUUUCCAUACUUAUAACUUGUGAUUAUAUCUCGUUUGAUUUUUGUUUGAAUAUAAUUUAAGAUAGUUUAAUAUAUUCUAUUUUUAGGACUGAUUAUGUUACUGUAUUAAGUUUUUAGUUAUGAAAUAUCUCGGUUGAAUAUCUUGUGCAAGUAAUACAAACAUGAAAGGCUUCAUUUAGCAUUUUUUCUAAAAAAUAGUCUAUUUUACUUAUGUAGGAAAUUAAGUGCAGUGAAUAUGCCAUAUAUCUCCAUGUUUGUUUAAUUCAUACAACGAUAAACUUAUGACUGUAUAUUUUUUGUUUCUCCUGUAAUAAUGAAUUUUAUUGUUAAAUUAUAAUAUUAGUCAGGCUACUAUUAUGUCUUAUUUAGAUUUUUUUAACGGCCGUCUAGUUAUCUGAUAUGCGACGAUUUUCUUGACGUUAUUUGCCUGUUGGUUUUUGUGUGACUGUUUAUAUUAAUUAAACGUUUUAUAACAAUCGAAUUAAUGUAUAAUUGUGUACUAAUGUUUAACAUAACAUUAAGUAUUGUUACUAAUUAUGGACGAGUUUGUCAAUAAAUGACUCAUUAAAAACUAGUGUGUUUGUUU